UUUUCAGAUUUUUAUUUCUGGAAAACCGAAAUUUCAUUGAAUUCAGCUGUAAAUAAAAGAAUAUCGUCCUUGCUCCAAAUUAUAGGCGAUUUCAAAAUUCAUUGCUUACACGUAUACCAAUUUAAAUGUGAAAGUAAAAUAAAACAGGAGAUUUUCUAAAAAUUUAAAAUCAGAAAACACUCAAUUUGAUCAAUCAACAACAUAACACUUUAAAAUAACGACUUCAAAACAAAUUUUAAUAACUGUUAUACUUUAUAAUUAUUAUUUUAUACAACAAAUAUGAAUACAAAAUUGAAAUAUAACUAUAAUAUAAUAAAUUUAUUAAGAAGAAGAAGAAGGAGGAGCAAUAUGGCUGGAAGCGUAACAUCAAAACAAUUAUUAUUUAAUAAUAUAAUAAUACGUCCAAAUUAUAUAAUAAAUUUAUAUUCAACAUAUAUAAUUUUUGUUAUUACAUUAAUGACACUAUUUCAAUAUACAAAUGGUAAACAUUAUUAUCAUAAUAAUAAUUAUCAUGGCAGUAGUAUAUCAAGUAGUUUUAGUAGUAAUAUAAAUAGUCAUAGUAACAGUAAUAGUAAUGUGCCUCAAAUAAAUGCAAGCCCAUUAUCAGCUAGUACCAGUAUUAUAAAUAAUAAUAAUAAUAAAAAUCAUAAUCAUCAUCAUAAUAAUAAUUUACCGAUAGCAAUGUUAUUAACACAAGGAUUAAAUGAUGACAAUACUGGAUCAUCAUCAUCAUCAUCAUCUGGUGCAACACAAUAUAAUUUUCAUCAACAACGUUUUGCAAUGGAACCACAAGAUCAAACAGCUGUUGUUGGUUCACGUGUUACAUUACCAUGUCGUGUUAUUAAUAAACAAGGUUUGUUACAAUGGACAAAAGAUGAUUUUGGUUUAGGUACACAUCGUAAUUUAAGUGGUUUUGAACGUUAUUCAAUGAUUGGUAGCGAUGAAGAAGGUGAUUAUUCAUUAGAUAUAUAUCCAGUUAUGUUAGAUGAUGAUGCAAGAUAUCAAUGUCAAGUAAGUGGUGGAGGACAUAAUAAUCCAGCGAUAAGAUCAAAUUUUGCUACAUUAACAAUAUUGGUACCACCAGAAAAUCCAAAAAUUUUGCAAGGUGAUAAAAUUUUAUUAACAGAAGAUCGUAAAACAGAAAUUGAAUGUAUUUCUGUUGGUGGUAAACCAGCAGCUGAGAUAACAUGGAUUGAUGGUUAUGGUAAUGUGAUAACAGAUAAUAUUGAAUAUAGUGUACAAUCAUUACAAGAUAUGAGACGUUUUACAGCAAAAUCAAUAUUACAUUUAGUACCGAAACAAGAACAUCAUAAUACAAAUUUUACAUGUCAAGCUCAAAAUACAGCUGAUCGUACAUAUAGAUCUGUUAAAAUUCAUAUUGAGGUAAAAUAUGCACCCAAAGUUAAAGUAAAUGUUAUAAGUGGUGCUUUAGCUGGAGGACGUUUACCAGAAUUUGCGCAGGUGCGACUUGAAUGUAAAGCGGAUGCCAAUCCAUCUGAUUUAAAAUAUCGUUGGUUCAUCAAUGAUGAACCAAUUAUUGGAGGCCAUAAAACGGAAAUGGUGAUAAGAAAUGUUACACGAAAAUUUCAUGAUGCCAUUGUUAAAUGUGAAGUACAGAAUUCAAUUGGGAAAAGUGAAGAUAGUGAAACUUUAGAUGUUACCUAUGGACCACAAUUUAAACAAAGGCCACAAUCAGUUGAAGCAGAUAUUGGUACUACUGUAUCAUUGAAUUGUGAAGUUGAUGGAAAUCCACAACCUGAUAUUGUAUGGAUACAGCAUCCAAUUGAUAGGGUUGUUGGUGUAACACCAAAUUUAACAUUUAUUGUUACAAAUGAAACAGCUGGUAGAUAUUAUUGUAAAGCAAGUAUACCAGGUUAUCCAGAUAUACAAUCAGAUGCAUCAGUUUAUGUUAAAGGAUCACCAAUAAUAACAUCAAAUCGUUUUCAAUAUGGUUUAAUUGGUGAUACAGCACGUAUUGAAUGUUAUGCAAUAAGUGUACCAAAAGCCCGUCAUGUAUCAUGGACAUUUAAUGGACAUGAAAUAAAUAAUGAAUCAGGUGGUUCAAGUGAUUAUUCAAUAUUAAGUGAUACUGUACCGGGUGGUGUUAGAUCAACAUUAAUAAUACGUGAUAGUCAAUCAUAUCAUUAUGGAAAAUAUAAUUGUACAAUUGUUAAUGAUUAUGGUAAUGAUAUUGCUGAAAUACAAUUACAAGCUCAAAAAAGUGUACCAUUAUUAAUGACAAUAGUCGGUGGUAUAUCAUCAGUUGGUAUAUUAAUGAUUUUAACUAUUAUUGUAUUAAUAUAUUUUAAAUGUAAAAAGAAUAAAGAAUUACCACAAGCUGAUGUUAUUAGUGAACAUCAAAUCAAUAAAUUAAGUGGUGGUCAUCAUCAUCAUUUAAAUCAUCAUUUAAAUCAUCAAAAUCAUAUAAAUAUGACAGCAUUAAAUAGUAUGGGUAUUGGUAUUGGUAAUAUGGGUAUGAAAGAACCAGGUGAUCGUACAUCAAAUUAUAGUGAUUUAAAAGUUGAUAUAUCAGCUGGUUAUGUACCAUAUGCUGAUUAUGCAACACAUUAUAGUCCACCACCACAAUAUUUAACAACAAUACAAAAUUCAAAUACAAAUUCAAAUACAAAUACAAAUUCAAAUACAUCAUCAUCUGGAACAAAUACAUUAGGUAAUGGUAAAAUAAUUGGUGGUACUAAUUGUAAUAAUGGAAUUGGUAUUGUAACAACAGUUAAAACAAAUUCAAAUGGUAAUAAUAGUAAUACAAAUAGUUUACAACAUAAUCAUAAUCAUAAUCAACAUUAUCAUCAACAACAACAACAACAACAACAACAUCAACAGCAGCAUAAUCAUCAUCAUCAUCAAAUAAAUGGUACAACAAAUUUAGUACCAAUGACAUUUAUGAAUGGUGGCAGUUUAACUGGUAGUAUAAUUGGUUCAAGAGCCGGUAAUGUUAUUGAUAUAUUAAGACAAGAUAAUGGUUUACCAAGUUUACAAAGUACAUGUACAACGGUAACAACAAGUUUAGGUGGCGGUAGUAGUUUAAAUAGUAAUAAUGGUGGCGGUAGUAAUGGUGGUGGUUGUGGUAGUAGUAUUAUUAGUUCAUCACCAAAUGGUAGCACUAGUAAUAGUAUUAAUACACAUAUACAACAUCAAUAUUCAUCAUCGGGUUCGACAUCAAAUACAUUAAGUUCAAAUAAUUCUGGUAAUGGUGGUUUAACUGUUAUUGAUCCAAGAUAUAGCGCAAUUUAUGGUAAUCCAUAUUUAAGAAAUUCAAAUUCAUCAUUAUUACCACCACCAACAGCUGUAUAAUUUUUAAUGAAAAUUAUUUUCUAUUUUAAUUAUAAGUUAAUAAUUAA